AGUCAUUCUGCAAAGAUCAACUGCCCCCGAGGAGCUCAAAAGGGGAUCUUGCUGCAAAAUCGGGUGUACCUUAUGCACACGUUGAUUUAUGGUUACGGAGUUGGCAGCAUAAGAUGCUUCAGCUAGAUAUACCGAAGCCCAUCAUCAUCAGGGGUCUUGACAGCCAUUUGCUCAUCAGCAACAUGCUCUGCAGAAGCUCUGUGUUCGCCAACCAUGACGAUCUUUGCAUCCCUGUCAGUGAUGCUGCCUUCCUUCAUCUUGCAAGUCCAACCUCUCCUCUACCAUGCCUUUGCUCUCCCCCAGUUGCACAUGUUUGUCUGCCUGCACUUUACCGACCUUUCAUAUUCUCCUCUCCAUUUGCUUCCGCUUGUCCGCUCCUCUUUCAUCCAAAUGAGAAUCCAUUUGCUGCUGGUAUAGGCCGUCUGUUUCAUGCCAUGGGUGAUUAUAUUGCUCGAUGCAACCCCCUCCUCCUUUCCUCUCCAUCCCCUAGCCCUGAUUGCUCGCUCUACACCACGUCAUCCAGGAUUGUGGAGUUGGUUGGUCAUCCAUGUCAGGACAACUCUCCAGCCGAUGCGAGAGUGGCCUCUGCAGUUGGGGCGGUUAAAACCCUCCCAAAGCUUGUUGGCAAUUUUGAGGAUGUGUGCAUGCGAGUUUCUGCAUGUCCGCUUGAUGGAAGUGGAGUCCCCGAUAUUCUCUCUGGAAAGCUUGCUGUGGCCUCAUCUGCCGACAAACCGCAGCAAGCAGCCAUGCAAGGCAGCUCGUGUCUUUCUUCGUCUGCCACAUCUAUGAAUUUCCUGGCGAACGCCUCGUCAGCAGGAUGGUUUGUGCAGAAGAAUAAAAAGAGGAAGCGGUUACCGACAGGUCGAUGCCUCGCAACUCCUGUGCUUGGUGAUCAUGCUGCUGAGCAGGCAGCUGUUGUGGCUGGUCAAGCACGAGCAGCCGACGAAUCGCAUCGAAAAGAUGACGUCCGAGUUACUCCUGACGACGUCACUCGGGCAGUAUCCAAUGCAGUCAUGCAGGUAGAGGAAGGACAGGACCCGGCGGGGAAAGCAGUUGAUGAUAAGGUUGACAGGGGCCUUCAACAGGUGCUGCUCGUCGGUGCGGUGGCGAAUCGGAAUGUAGAUGAACGCCACCCAGCUGAUGACGAGGAUAUCCGCAGGCAGACACUAAAGAGCAGGAGGAAGAAUGGAUGCCUGUGGGAUCUUCAGAAUGGGAAGCUGUGGACAGUCGCAUUGGGGAAGGAGGUGGAGAAGACUGCUGCACCCGUGGAAGAGGAGCAAGCAGCGGAGAUGGCAGCUGUGGACGGCAGGCAGGCGUUGGUAAAGGUGGAAGCCGACGAAGCGGCUGUUAUCAAGCCUGUGGCAGCUGCUACUGAAGCCUUGGCAGGUUGUGGAAGUGAUGUCAACGAGGACCCUUCGAGUGGCGGGACGGUUGCGUCUGUUAGAGAACAACUGGGAAGGGUUACCAUGAAGCUUUCGGAGCUCAGAAAGGCCUUGAGAGCUGUGGUGGAUCUGGAGCAAGUGAGAGCAAGGAUGAGUGUGCAUGGAAGACGGCAUAUGAAUGAGAGGACGCAACACAAAAGACAGCAAUGCCAUCAAGGGGGCCUCUUUCCGCCGAAGAUGAUUGUGUCGGGUCUCAUGCAUGUUUCGGUUGUCGAUGCAUCGUCACGGAAACGUCCCUGCUCAGCCAAAGGCAAAAGCAAGGGAAGUAAGCAGAGUCCACGGCGGGGAGGCAAAACCAAAGCAGGAAGAGGCCAAGCCUCAAAGGUUGGGAAAGGUAACUAAACUGAUCAGGCUGAUGUCCGGAGAGGAACAGGGAAGCUUGCAUUGCACACCGUGAGUUAUAAUCUCUCCCAGGUCUGAAAAGCUGCAUGCAGGCUGAAGGCGGAUAGCAGCACGAAAAGUGUAGUAGUGGAAUGAGCAGGGUGAUGCAUUGGAAUGGCGAGGGAAGGUGUGAUUAACAGGUUUUAGGUAAAGUUGUUUCCCUCAUCAAUUUUCGUGUUUUUUUUGUUUUAGUAUUUGAUGAUAUUGUAGAUACAACCAACAGUCAUUUCCGACCUUUGUCCUCGUUCUGAAGAGGCUAUAGAGAAGGGGGAAGCUUAAGAGUUUGAGAGGAACAAGU